UCUACAAAAUACUUUGAUUCAGUCGAAUAAAAAUAAGAAGAUUAAUUAUCAUUAUACAAUGUAUAUUACACUGUAUAUUUUAACUAUAUACUUGGUUAUUUGUAAUCGUGUUGGAUAUGGGAAAGUACCAGAUAAAAUUGUUGGAGGUGAAAUUUGUUCAUAUCGAGAAAUGCGUUCCGUUGUUUCGAUUCAAAGUCAUUCAGAUCAUGUAUGUAGUGGAAACAUGAUCAGUGGGUAUCAUGUCAUUACAACUGCCAGUUGUGUUAUGCAUGAACAUUUUGUUAUAUAUGGAAAUUUAGCUGUUUUGUCUGGUACCCAUGAUUUACGUGGUGGAAAUCGUGCUAAUUAUAUACGAACUACAAACGUUGAAUUUGUUAUAAUACAUCCAGAAUAUGAUCCAAAAAAUUUUUGGAUCAAUGAUAUAUCAAUACUCAAACUGGAAAAAAAAAUAAGUUCAAAUUUUGCUCAUAAACCAAUUGACAUACGAAAAAAUAAUUUUUUACAAUCAAGAAUGUUUGUUGCUGGAUGGGGUGGAACUUUUCCAAAUGAUGAGCCUUCAAAUUUAUUAAAAAAAAUUGAAGUUUUCAACCUACAAAAAAAGAGAUGUCAGAAGUAUUAUGGGCAAUUUGGUUUUGAUUAUGGAAUACAACAAUGUGCAUUAACAGAAAAUCCAUCAACGGCAUAUGUUACUAUGGGUGAUAGUGGCAGUCCAGUGGCAUCACGUAGGACUCUUUUUGGCAUUGUCUCACUGAUUCCAGUAGAAAACGAUGAACCAUUUGUAUAUACAAAUAUGAACUUUUAUGGGGAUUGGAUUCAUGAAAGAGUUAUGAACUAUUGAUUAAA